UUCUCACAAUAUCAGCCUCCCAGAGUGGCUUCCAUUUUCCUUCUUUUUCUCUGCAACCAGAGCCAGUGAUUCAAACUCAAAACUCAUUCUCAACGCAACAAAAAAUCAUCCGUCUUACUUCCUCUUUCUCCGUUAAUCUCCUGCACAAUGGUCGUCAACUUUCAACCUUCUUCCUCCUCCUCCUCCUCCGUCUUCAAAUCUCUCUGCCUUUGCACGUUUCUCGUCGUCGUCGUCUUCCCCAGUACUGUGGCUUCUUCUUCUUCUUCUUCUGGUUCUGGGGCUGGCUGUUCAUGUGACCUCUCAAAAGCUACGAACAGGGACGAUGAUGCAAGUGAAGUUCUCAGAUACAAACUCGGCUCCAUAGCUUCCGUUCUGAUCGCCGGUGGUCUUGGAGUGGGCCUUCCAUUGCUGAGCAAGAAGAUCCCAACUCUGAGACCUGAAAAUGACAUGUUCUUCAUGGUGAAAGCUUUCGCCGCCGGAGUGAUCCUAGCCACUGGGUUCGUUCACAUACUUCCUGAGGCAUUCGAGACCUUGAAUUCGCCAUGUUUAACAGACAAUCCUUGGCACAAGUUUCCCUUCACUGGGUUCGUCGCCAUGCUGUCCUCAAUAGGAACAUUAAUGGUGGAUUCUCUGGCAACUGGGUAUUACAAAAGACGACAUUUCAGCUCAAAACAAGUUCCUACUGAUGAAGAGGAGGGAGAUCAUCAUCAUCAUCAUCACGAACAUGCUGAUCAUAUUCAUGUUCACACUCAUGCGACGCACGGUCAUGCUCACGGAUCAGCACAAGAGAACCCUGAAACAUCAGAGUUAACCAGGCACAGAAUCAUCUCACAAGUGUUGGAGAUGGGAAUAGUGGUGCAUUCAGUGAUCAUUGGAAUCUCUUUGGGUGCUGCUGGCAGCAUUGAUGCUAUAAAGACUCUCUUAGUGGCCCUCUCUUUCCAUCAGUUCUUUGAAGGCAUGGGCCUUGGUGGUUGUAUUUCUCAGGCCAAGUUCAAGUCAAGGGCGACAGCAAUAAUGGCAUCAUUUUUCUCCCUAACAACACCAAUUGGGAUAGCAAUAGGGAUGGGAAUUUCAAGUGUGUAUGAAGAGAACAGUUCAACUUCUUUGAUAGUAGAAGGCAUUUUCAAUUCAGCUUCGGCUGGCAUCUUAAUCUAUAUGGCUCUGGUUGAUCUUCUUGCUGCUGAUUUUAUGAGCCCUAAGCUUCACAGCAACCCGAAGCUCCAUCUUGGAGCUAACAUCUCUCUUCUUUUUGGCUCUGCCUCCAUGUCUCUCUUGGCUAAAUGGGCUUAACACCUUCUUCUUCAUCUGAUGAGAUCAUUAAUUUUUCUGGUCUCUGCUUCAAUCCCAUCAAAAUGAUUGUGUUGAUGGUUUCUAAUAAAAAACCAAUUAACACACAUUUUGCUUCUGAGAUAAAAUGUUAUAUUUUUAGUUUCAAUAUCCAAGGAUGAUUUGUUUGCUUAGCC